UCGAGAACAUUAGCAGAGCGAGCCAAAACAUUUUCCAGUGAGUUCCGCAUCGACUUGUCAGAUAUGGCUGCUGCUUUAAAGAUAUUUUCUGCUCUUGUUGUGGUCGGCAUCUUCUUGUCUGCUGUCGAGGCAGGAUGGGGGGACUGUUACGAAACAUGGAGCAGGUGUUCAAGGUGGAGCAGUCCAUUCACUGGGGUUCUGUGGAAGUCUUGCAACGACAGAUGCAAAGAACUUAAGAAAAGAGGAGGCAAUUGUGUGCAGACACCAUCCAAAUGUCCUGUCACAAGCAAGGCCUAUCAAUGCCAGUGCUACUGACCUAAGAAAUAAAUGCUUUAUAUUAAGUUUAAAAAAACAACAACAACCCAACAUCCAUAUAUCCAGUUAUAAAAUGAAAAUAAUCUAUACAGAUAGAUAUAUCAUACAUUAUCAGAUACAUCCAUAGAUAGUAAUAUACUAUGUGUGGUUGAUUUGUAUAGAAAUCAAAUAAAAAUGUAAUCUUC